UGUUUUGCGAAGUGAGGCUGUUUCGCGCAUGUAAAAUAAUUUAUUAAUAACAAAAAAAAAAAAAACAGUAGAAAUUGUGCGUUUAGUGCGGCGCCAAAUCAAAAACAAAAAACUACUGCAAAAAUUCAACGAAAAAGAGAUAUCGCUAUACAUUUUUAUCUUCAUCUUUCGAUUAUAUUCAGCCCUUUCUCGUUCUCCUUGUUUUCCGCCAAGAAAAGUGUUCAUAUUUUCGCUAUCAAAAGAAAAAUCGCAAUUUCCAAUAUACAAAACGAAAAUGCAAAAAACAUUGAAUUAAAGUUUCCUUGCCAACUGGAAGGAGAGACCGAGCAAAUAUCGGAUCACAUCUUAACAAGUGAAAAGUGGGAAAAUCUUAAUUUUCAUCUUCUACUGUUCCGGCGUCUCGUCUCGGUUCUUGCCCGACCCCUAAACCGAGGGUGGAAAAGCGUGAAAAAGAAGAAAAAACCGAAUGUGAAUGUGUUUGUAGCUGCUUGUGUGUGUGUGUGUGUGUGCGUGCAAGUGUAAAUUUCUGUACGUGUGUGUGAAAAGGAAAAAUAAAUAUUAAUUCCAAGAUUUGAAAUCAAAUAUUGCUCCUGAUAACUGCCCUGCCCGGUACGGGAUGCAGAUACGGAUGCGUCGCAGCUGCCCGGAUCCAGUUUUUGGGGCGAUGUUGUUGUUGUUGUUGUUGCCAGGCGAAGGCGUGUCAGUGUCAAAUUAAGCAGCAACAACAACGAAUUGGCCCUUUUUUUUCUCCGCUACACUUCUCCUUCUUCGUCAUCAUCUCCAUCGACUGGUGGUUAUUCCUGUUUGACUUCAUUUUCUCUGGCCCAAUCGUUGGAUCCUCUCCACUUUCGCCACUGACAAAAAAAACAACAAAAAUAAAAUCCCCAAAAAAAAUAAGCAUCAAUUUACAAAAUGUCGACGCGUUCGCAGUUAACCAAGGACCUGAAUGAAAGCGUCAAAUCCUUAUUGGGUCGCCAUACAAAGAUACUUGUGAAAUAUAUGGUUAAAUUGGAAACGAAAGGCGAUAAAACAGAAAAUCGUGUAUUGGUCUUUACGCCAGUUCGCAUUUACUUACUUAGUGCCAAAGUGCCCACCAAGAUCGAAUGCCAUUUCCACUAUCUGGAUAUUGUUGGUGUCGAGAGUAAAAAGUCCACGCAUUUUUCCAUUGUCACAAGCGAUCGGCCAUACUCGUUUGUAACCACCGGAGAUGCGGGCAAUUUCAGUUCGAAUGCUGAUGUCAUACUAACCGACUUGGCAUCGGCCAUUAAGCAAAUAUUUCCAACAGUUCCUCUCAAAUAUAUCAUCAAAAAGAUCGAUAUCCAACCACCGGAACGUGAAACCAUUUUCUCUGAAGAAUUUCGACCCUCCGAUCCUCGUAAUGUGGGACCUUGCGGUGGAUUUAGUGCUCAAUAUGCCUGCAUGUGUGAUUUCCAUGGUGUACCCUAUCGUGAGGAGGUUGCCUGGGAUGUCGAUACGAUUUAUUUGUCGCACGACACAAGAGUUCUCAAUUUACGAGACUUUGAUCACUUGGAACCAAAAGACUUGAUGGCCAUUGUUUCCGCCUUGGAAUAUAAUACAUUCUUUCGUGGUCUAAAGGCUGCCCAUAUGCGUCUUUCGAAUGAGACUUUGGAACGUAUUCUACAUGUGCUCAAGCGUUCAAUGUGGCUGGAGGAGCUGCAUUUGGAGGCCUUAGGUUUAAGAGGUGAUUUUUUGAACAAACUAUCGACAUCUGUGAUCUCGAAUAGCAAUCCCGCCAUUCGCACCAUCGAUCUGAGUCAUAAUAUAAUAGAGGAUAAAGGAGCCAGCUCACUGUGCGCCCUACUCGGAAAGAUUGUACAAGGAGCCAUUCACCUGGCCCCACCCAUAGCCAAGGUGUCCAAGGGACUCUGUAAGCUGGCAUUGGCUCACUGUGGUCUCACCUCGAAAGGCGUCAAUCAGAUGUCACAUUCCCUGACGGUCAAUCAAAGUAUAGCCAAUUCGCUCACGUAUUUAGAUUUAAGUGGCAAUAGUCUCAAAGAUGACAUAACGAACCUGCACAACUUUCUGGCUCAGCCAAACGUUUUGGAGCACUUGGAUCUGGCAUCGACUGAUAUAAUACUGGAGAAUUUGUUUGGAGCUUUAUUGCGCGGCUGUGCCACGCAUUUGGCCCAUCUGAAUGUGUCGCACAAUUCGUUUAGCACCAAAAAGGGCAAGGAGAUACCUCCCUCGUUUAAGCAGUUCUUCACCAGCUCAUUGAGCCUAAAGCAUUUGAAUAUUGCCGGCUGUAAGCUUCCCAUGGAGGCAUUAAAGAAUCUGCUUCUCGGCUUAGCCUGCAAUGAGUCGACGGCAGGUCUGCACUUGGAUCUAAGCAGCAAUACGCUGGGCACCCAAGGUGCCCAUGUGCUCGAGUCCUGCAUACAUGGCGUGCGAGUUUUGCAGAGUCUGGACAUUAGUGAGAAUCAACUGGAUGCUGAAUUGGCUCCCGUGUUGACGGCCAUUUCGAAAAAUCCAUCGAUUCGGACACUGCUUUUGUGUCGCAGCUUGACGGGCAUGAAACCCAAACACAUUCCCCCCGUAAUGGACGCCUUGGUCAAUCUGAUACAGAAGGAUGAUUUCCCACUGGCCGAGCUAAUGCUGUCGGAGAAUAAACUGAAGCAUGAUCUCCACGAUUUUAUCAAUGCCCUGGGCAGCAAUCAGAGUCUCCAGAAGCUGGAUAUAAGUGGCAACUUCAUGGGCGAUGUGGGAGCUCGUCUGUUGGCCAAGGCUCUGCAGAUUAACAAUCGUCUGCGUACCAUUUACAUGGACAAGAACAAUGUAACGUUGCAGGGCUAUGCGGAUAUAGUCUAUGCCCUGGAGCACAAUCACAGCAUGCGUCACAUACCAUUCCCCGUCUUUGAUAUUGCCCCGCAUCUAAAGAAUCAUCCGGACAAGACGGAUGCUGUGAUGCGCAAAAUGCAGGAACUCUUGCAACGCAAUUGCAAUGGCUUGAAGCGCAGCAAUGGCCAAGCAUUUCGGUUGCAGCAUGGCUUUAUGUUGUCCUCCACUCAUCAGCUGGUAGACAAACUUGUGGCCGAGACUCAGGAUACCAUUUCCAUUGCCAAGGGCGGAGGCGGCGACAGUGUGUCGGCUGUCCAGCGUCUCAUAACCGACGCCGAGAACUGCAAACAGUUGAUGCCCAAAUUGCAGGAAGCAGUGCGCAGUGAUUCGCAUCCCAUCGAAAUGAAAUUGACCCGUGUGGCCAGCGAGCUGAGCUACACGAUCAAGAGCUAUCUGGAGGAAACUCUAGAGACCAUGAUACGUACUGGCAUCGAGCAAUGCCCCAAAACUCUGGGCAAUCAGAUUGUGGUCCAGGAUUUGCGUAAAGCUCUCGCCGAGCGGCUGGUAGUACCCGAGGAAUUUCUUCAGACUUGUUUGCUCAACAAUGCGGGCAGCGAGAUAAUGAAUAAAGUUAGUGAAAUUGAGCAAUCAUUGGCAUCGGCCAUAUCGGAUAGAGCUACGGAUGAAGUGCUGGAGGCCUUGACACGCUAUCGCCGUGGCCUGGGCAUUGCCGAGUCGCCAUCGGUGCUGCUAAUGGACGAACCGCAGACCCCCGACAUUGUGCGCAGUCGAUCGAGCCAUGAUACUGAUGGUCUAAUAAUACGACCAGGACGUGGCUCUAUCUUAUCCAAAUCGGGAUUGGAAUCACCCACUAAAUUGGAAUAUCUGAACCUUGCCACACCGCAUUUGCCUACCAAACGCCGAUCCGUUGGCCGUAAAGUGCGUCCCCAGUCGGUGGUGGAGAAUCUCAGUUUGAGCCACAUACCCGAUCUCUUGGAGUCACCCUCAUCGCAUCGCUCAUCCAGCUCGCAUCAGUUGUCAGGAGCCUUGUCGCGAGGAGGCGGUGGUGCCGCCGCUAUGGCGGGGCACGGAAACGGAGCCAUUGGCAAUAGCAAUAUGACCGACAGUAGCCUGCUAACCGCCGAUGAUGGAGGUGGCGAUGAAUGCUGCGAUUCCAUUACUGAGCUGCCCAGCGCUUCAUUUCAGCUGCAGCAUUUGGUCAAAGGACGCCCCAAGCGGGCUAAGACGCGAGCACCCACCCGUCCCUUGGUCAAUGCCGAAGGGUUGGCAGGUCGGGAGAUUGGCGAGGGAUUGGAACAUUUUUUCCGUCCCGGUUCGGUUACCCCCACCACAUUGACGCCCCUUGUUUCGCCCACAUCAGAGGAGUGCAGUUCAUUGUCCUUUGUCGAUAGCCCCACCAUGAGUCGAGAUGGCAAUGGACACAUGACAUCAGAGGAGACCACACCCAUUCUGGAAGAGCGCCGACCAAUCAAAUUGGAACGCCAAUCGCCUCUGCUAAAAAGCGCUUCUUGGGCAACACGUUCCCGUUCCACAGACAACUUGGAGAAAUAUUCUCCUUUGGUUGGACGUAAAUCACCGCUGGUCAAGAUGAGAACAGAAGGGGGCGCCGGCUCUGGCUCUGGCGAGGACGCAACCGCUGGAGGAGGACUGCUGAAGGCGGCAAGCGCACGUGGCGAGGACAAGAUGCGUUCACCGAGUAGCGAUUCAAUUAGGAAUAGUGCAACGAGCAGCGGAGAUGGAAGUGUCAUUGUUAAGACAGGCAAUGGCAUACUACGCACUCCCAUUGUCCUACAGAAGCCACGUCCCUGGUCGGUGGUUGGUCCAGGUGAACCGAAAAAUGCAACCGGCUCCGAGCUGGGCAAUGGUCAGGCCACAAGUGACUCGCAGAAGACCACGCCAGAGAAAUUGGAUGACGAUGUUCCCGAAGUGGUUGCCUUCUGCAAGAGCAGCGGCGGUGGUUCUAUUGUGGGCAUAACACCGGGCAUAGCCAUAGCAGCUGGCGGCAGUGGAGGAGGCAGCAUUGUGGGCAUCACCCCGGGAGCAGCUCUCGAAAAGAAAUCGGUGCGCGAACUGGCCGCAGGUCUCAAUCGUCUGGAACUUCCCCUCAAGCCACCUGUUAUGCCAAGAACCAUAUUGGGCACAUCGAAUCUGCGCUCCACGAGCAGUAAUUCCAGCAGCACCUCAGUCUCAUCAACUUCCUCCACUAGCACCACCACUUCUUCCUCAUCCUCCUCAACCACAACAACAACAGUAUUAAAUACUAGCAGCCAGUUUGAAUCAGAAGAGUCAGUCACCAGCACAAGCAGCAGGACAACAAGCAAAUUGAGCAGCAGCUCAGCUCAGAGCAGAGCCUGUGCUAGCCUCAUUAGCAAUGAAAUAUUAAGUAUACGCAAUGGUUCCGCCUCCAGUUGUGCCGAAAGUGGAGCCCUCAAACGCAUUGCUGGCAAGGAGAUCUCAACACUGUUCGAGGAGACAUUAGUUAAGGGUCUACAACGAGACGACUUGGAGCGUUCAUCCUUUAGAACUGCUGCGCCCUACACAAAGCAAGAAGAGGAUGUCGUUGAGUUAUAAAAUGUCUAGAGAAACAUUCCUAACCCUCACCCUCGUUGGCACCACAACCACCUUCACACCAUCCACCACCAAUCCGAUCAAGCAACCAUCUUGGAUCACUGAUCUCCACAUCGAGAAGGAGACAACUAGAGGUUGCCACCUACUUAUAUAUAUAUAUACAUAUAUUCGUACUGAGAAAGGGAAAUGAUUAAUUAAUAUUUUAUGUGCAAUUUGGCGCUCUUGUGUAUUUGUUUUCAUUUGGCCAAUUCUUUUUUACUGAAUGAACGUGAUUUAUUUAUUUAUAACCUA